AUGUCGACGAUUUGGCGACCUAACCUCGACCGGCUGUACGCCAGCGUCGCCGAGAUGGAGGGAUCGGAGAGCGAAAUGGAGGAGAAGGAUGCGACCAAGAAGGGCGUGAAGCGGAAGAGAGCCCCUCCCACGAAGGGGCCAUGCGAGCACGGGGUGAAGUACCGGUCGAAUUGCAAGGUGUGCAGCGGUUGUCCGCACGGGAAGUGGCGCAGAUUCUGCAAGGAGUGCGGUGGGUCUCAAAUCUGCGAGCACGGUCGUGAGCGCUCUAAGUGCAAGGAGUGCGGCGGGGGCUCAAUCUGCGAGCACGGUCGUCAGCGCUCUCAGUGCAAGGAGUGCGGCGGGUCUCAAAUCUGCCAGCACGGCCGUCGGCGCACUCAGUGCAAGGAGUGCGGCGGGUCUCAAAUCUGCGAGCACGGUCGUCAGCGCUCUAAGUGCAAGGAGUGCAAGAGUAAUCGCUCAACUCAACGCCGACAGUAA